AUGACCCUGACGAGUUCGGCCGCAGCCGUUAACGACGACAUCGAGUGCCGAGCCUGCUACGGCGUCGUGGUGUCCUGUGUGUCGCUGCUCGUCUUCUGCGUCGUCGCGGCCACGGCCGGCGUGCUCAAGGCCGGUGCCGCCACUUGCUUCGCCAUGGUGUUCUUGGGCGUAAUCGGCUGGUUCUUGCCCUCCGGCGCCAGGACGAGGAUGUUACUACGCGCCAGGGGCGCACGGCGAGAUGGCGAUGCCGCGGGUGCAUCGGCCGGGUGCGCCUGCCAACGCGUUGGCGUGGCGGCGACCGACGUGCCGCCGGCGUUCACGUACGAGUGCCAUGACGAUGUUGGGAACGGCGGCAAGCCCGGCGGCAGCGCGCUGUGCGCGGUGUGCCUGGAAGACGUGCAGUGCGGCGAGGCGGUGCGGCGGCUGCCCGCGUGCGAGCACCUGUUCCACAAGGAGUGCGUCGACAUGUGGCUGCGCUCGCAAACGACGUGCCCGCUGUGCCGACGCGACGUCGUGCAGCUAGCAGGCAUGCGCUGA